AUGCGUUGCCCGUGGUCUGAGGAGAUGAGCUUCUACCCCUCUGUGCCUGAGGCCCUUGUGAGGCAGGUGCGCAAGCAAGCUCGCCAGUUAGGCUACAGGUACACGGAUGAUGGCGCAUUGCGCUCCAUGCCCUACCGCAAGAUGAACCUGGAUGCUGCUAAGGCACUGCUUCGCGGCAGCCGUUCUAUGGAUGUUAUGCAUUUGAGAAUGCCGUCUGCCAAAUUCCAGAGUUACGUCGAGAAGGGCGUAUUCACAAUGGGGCAAGACGGCGUGUUCAUGGUCGGCCGAAGCUGGUACACGGAUAACAAGCUUCAAGCAGCCAAGCAUGGCGUGGAGUUCACAUUUUUCAAAUCUACGGUGACUGUUGCGUGGGAAAUGUCACAGGGAGGGCAUGAAUCUGCAGCUGGCGCUUCCCAGCCUGACGCACAUCCGACUCCAAAGCCUCCUGCCAGCUCCGCAUCCCAGACUGAAGCAGCAUCGACAGCUGUGGUUGAGAUUCCAGAGAAGGUUCCCGAGACUCCGAACGUGCUUGAGACAAGUGGCGGUGAUCCGGUGCGCACAUGUCAGUGGCAGUACUAUGUGCUGACCAACACCACGUUGAUGGACAAGGUCAGGCACUGUUUGCUUCGCAAUUGCCUGAAGAAGCUGAGUCCGGAUGAAGUCCCAACAAUCUUGAUGUCUGAUGCUGCUGACCUUGCUCUGUUGUCAUGGUUCCUGCAGAUGGGCACGGAGGAGGCCUCGCGCGUUGAGAUCAGCAGACUUGGCUCUGCUCGCUUUAUGCCAUACCUCACCCGGUGCGGCUUGUCACAGUCCCCCUUGCUGGAUUUCAGCUGGACGAGCGUGUCAUUUGCAGAGGUCAUGCGUGAGGUGGAGACCAGCUCGGUGACCGCCCGAAUCAUUGUGCACAAGUCGCCUGAGAAGACCCUCAAUGAUGUCUUGUCAGAACUAGACAUGAAGUGUGAGAAGCAAAAGUUGCUGGAGUGGGAGAUGGUUGCGGACGCGGAGGACUCUCUCCAGAUUGCCAAGGCUGGGAAAGAGCGGGCGGAGAAGGCCAUUGAAGAACUCAAGAAGCGAAAGCACUCGGAGAUCGAAAAGGAAUCUGAGCUGGAAAUCGUCCUCCGGCCUGAGAUCAUGCAGGAAGAGCAGGAUGAUGACAGUCCUGCUUUAGAGCAGGUCCUGGUGGCCAAUGUGGUCGCAAACGCUCGUGCAGCCAACAAGGCAACUGUGCCUGAGCAGCUACAUGGUGGGCAAAGGGCAAAGGAGAACAGAAAUGCUGAGCCUGAUGACCUGCCUGAAGCUGAUGAGACUUUGCAGCUUGAGGAGGAAGUUGAUGAGAAGACCUUCGCCAUGCGCAAUGUCGUCGCAAGGGCAAUUUCUUGUGCAGUCGAAGGCCAGAGCGGACUUGCCUACGAGCGUGAGGUUUGCCGAUUGCAGCUAGCAGGCCUGAACGUGGGGACAGCGCUGCAUGGCCGAAGGUUCUUCCAGGAAGUGGUUCACUCUUCAUCGCUUGUGCUCAAGCAAUUGGAGGCGCUCAUGUGGGAUGCGCCUCUAAAAUCCACAGGCGUUCCGUCUGACUUCGCGCUGGUCAUAGACCCGGUGAGUCUUGGCACAGGUUUCACCGCCCGUCACGACACAGUGUUGAUGAUGAAUCUCAAUAUUGUGCACAGCGGGACAGGGUGCUUGACGACACCUAUGAUAGGCGCUCCCACUCUUGGGGCCGGAGACCAUGGCGGCGAUGGCCUCAAAUCAUUGUGCCUAUGUACCAUGGCUGAACACCCGGCCAUGUUUGAUGCGGCGACACUGCAAAAGCGCCUCUCCUUGAUAGGAGGCGAUGGAGGGAUCGUGCGCGGAGGCAUCCACAGCGACUUGAUGCCUGAGGACACAGGGGAUGCCUUCCUGGAUUGCGUCGAUUGGGAUUCUUUUCACAGAGACGACUUGGGCUACACUCGUGCAAUUAAGAGUUCUGUUCCUGCCCAGGAACUCUAUACGCUUGCCAAGGACUUAGACCAUUUGUUCAACUUUGGGGAUGGACGCAUCAUCUUUCGAUCCUUGGGCAAGGAAAUGGAUGAUGUGCCGAAGGGGCAUCUUCGUCAAGUGGGUGGCACAAGGAAAGCAGGCUCAUUGGCCCUUGUGGCGGACAGUAUUAUUCAGCAUCUGAAGCGAAUAACUGUCGGGUUGCAGAUGCGGUACCGCUGGAAGCAAGAAGGACAUGGGCAAUAUAGCCUGACGAGAUUGUCUGAGAUAUCUCGAAGGCUUCUGGACCCAGCUUUCAUUUGCUUCACCAUGCUCGUUGCUGACGUGACUCGUGGGCCUGUGCACCAGCAUAUCUUGACCAUACAGGCUGCUCUGGAACCUUGGUCUUGCAAAUCUGCUGACCUGCUAUUCGUCCAACAGUUGGAGUUCAUCCUGCAGGGUUACCAGCACCUUGAGCAGCACAUCAUGGUCACCGUGUUGUUGGCUCAGCACUGCUCACUUCGCGAGAGUGUGCAGCUGGAACUUGCUUUGCCCGAAGCCCGCACUAAAAGCAGAGUGGUUGGUCUUCAUGCGGCCACGCGUUUCGUGAAGCAACUGCUAUCUGAGUUCCAGUUGCUGACAGGGCGUGUUGGUGUCAACGAUGGAAUGGCAUUGCUUUUGACAAGCCUGCAUGAGUGUUUCUGCUGGGAUCAACUUGUCAUCAAGCAGCCAACACAGCGUCAGAUUGCAGCGUUUGUGCAGUCUUGGAAAUUACUCAAGCCAUUCCUGUCCAAAACUGCAUGGCCCGAUCGAGAAAUUUUUCCGCUGCGUUACUAUUCCUGGGAACUCGAUGAGAAGGAAAUGGAACGGCAGUACUUACUGCUGUGCAUGAGAGUUCGGAAUGCCGCACGUGCUGCGGAUGGCAAAGUCUUGAAGCAUCCCGUGCCUGAUGAUGUACGUGCUUCUGCAGAGAGAUGGUGGUGCACGUCCUCAUACAAAGUGCAGCCGGUGUGGGUGCUGGGCUGGUUGCGACAUGUCAUCAGCAAAAUGCUUCCUUCAGCAGCUUUGAAGCUACAAUGGGAUGUGACUGACAGGGUGUCCCGCUUCCUCUGCAAUUUGCCAGAAGCUGCUUCUUCGACUCACUCAGUGCCUGCGCAAGACCUUCUGCUUUCUUUCAGGCAUGGACGCCGAAAGAGAAGGAAAACAGCAGAUAAUGUGUUCAGUGAUCUGCGCAGCUGGAAUGGGAAGGUUGUCAGGAUCAUGGCGAUCAACCGUGUUGUGCAGGCUGACGCAGUCAGCAGAAGCAUCGACUGCUCGUCUUUCUUUGCGCAGGGCACUGUGGAGAUGACAGCCCGUGCCUCGUCAUGGCAUGCGGUGCGGCUGCAUCACCGAUGCAGAGUGCUACGCGGCCCGGAAAGUUCCUGCGAAAGGCUCGGCAGCAUCGCGCAUCAGCAAUGGGAUUCGCAACAGAAUCUGGCCCCGGCAAGUUUGAUGGCGCGCGUACACCUCAUGUCCGCUGGGGUCAAAUGCUUGGGCACUCAGAGAGACAGCCUGAUAGUCAAUCAGGUGGCGUCUCUUUUUCUGUCUGCGAAAAGGUCUGCGCUUCAUGUUCGGCCUGAGGUUGCACAAAUCCGCGAGCAUCGAGAAAUGAUGGCUGAAAGUCUGAGUGGACAUGAUCUUCAACUGUAUGCUGCUGAAGGCAACCUUUUUCCAGAAGGCCUGACCUCUGUUACUGCGAUUCGAGCUGAAACAUCUGCAUCCCUGUCGAAGUCCUUGCCUUCAACUCUCCCGCCUGUGCUACAGGAAGCACUGCCUGAAACUGUUGAUGCUGCAACCGGGCAAAUCAAGGGCCUGAUGCUGUCGACUGGCCUGCAGCGCUUGUCCAAGAAGAGCCCGGCUAAUAGCACUUUGCGGGAUGCUAUGUGUUCAUAUCUAGAUACUGAGGCCGGAAAGAAAUGGCAGCAGGAACGCAGCCUGGUGUUUGGUGAGUGA